AAGCACCGAAUGCCAGCUCUUAAGGAGAAGUAGUACACACAAAAGUAGAAAAAACCAAGAAAUUUUGAAAUUAUUGAUAUCAGGAAAACUGCCUUUUCCAGGAGUUAAUAAAUUACACAUUUUCCUGCCUCAUUUUCUUUAUUUAUAUAUAUCCUCUGCUUUCAUCACCCUCUCUUUCAUUGACAGUCCUCCUGCAAGAUCUCCAACCAAAUCUUUGCCUCCCUUCACUCCUUAAGGAAUAGAAGAUAAUGGAGAGGAGAAGUUUGAUAAACAUAACAUUAUUUGGAAUAGUUGCAUUAUUGAGUAUUUCCAUUGCAAAAGCAGAUGACCCUUAUAAAUUUUUCACUUGGUCUGUAACUUAUGGAAACAUUGCUCCUUUGGGUGUUCCUCAACAGGUUAUUCUCAUCAAUGGUCAAUUUCCUGGACCAAAACUUGAUUGUGUGACAAAUGACAACAUUGUCCUCAAUGUUAUUAAUAAAUUGAAUGAGCCUUUCCUUCUCACUUGGAAUGGAAUUAAGCAAAGGAAGAACUCGUGGCAAGACGGUGUAUUGGGGACCAACUGUCCAAUUCCCCCAAACAAGAACUUCACUUACAUCUUUCAGCCUAAAGAUCAGAUUGGUUCAUACACUUACUUCCCAUCAACUGGGUUGCACCGCGCUGCUGGUGGGUUUGGUGCCCUUAAUGUCUACUCUAGGCCUCGCAUUCCUGUUCCUUAUGCCGACCCUGCUGGUGACUUUACUUUGCUUGUUGGUGAUUGGUUCAAAGCCAGCUACAAGACCCUGCAGCAAAGUCUGGAUGCAGGAAAGGUUCUUCCAUUCCCUGAUGGCUUGCUUAUCAAUGGCCAGCAGACUCGGAGCACCUUCACCGGAGAACAAGGAAAAACAUACAAAUUUCGAGUCUCAAACGUUGGAUUGUUGACAUCAUUCAACUUCAGGAUCCAAGGUCACAAAUUAAAGGUGGUAGAAGUGGAAGGAUCUAAUGUUAUUCAAAAUGUCUACGAUUCGAUUGAUGUGCACGUCGGUCAGUCUCUCUCAAUCCUUGUGACCUUAGAUCAGGCUCCCAAGGAUUAUUACAUAGUUGCAUCAACACGUUUCACAAGGACAGUUCUAACUGCCACUGGAGCUCUCCACUACUCAAACUCUGCCUCACAAGUCUCUGGACCUCUGCCUGCUGCCCCUGCUGGAGGAUUCCAUUGGUCCUUGCAGCAAGCCAGAACCUUCAGGUGGAACUUGACAGCAAAUGCAGCUAGGCCCAACCCUCAGGGAUCUUUCCACUAUGGAACAAUCCCAAUUUCAAAAACCUUUGUAUUAGCCAACUCAGCACCUCUUAUCAACGGAAAGCAACGUUAUGCUGUUAACCAGAUUUCCUUUAUCAACCCUGAUACUCCUCUGAAGCUCGCCGAUUACUUCAAUAUUCCUGGAGUUUUCAGCUUGAAUUCCAUCCAAAGUAGCCCAUCUGGUGGUGCUGCAAGGCUUGGCACAUCUGUUUUGGGUGCAACUCACCACGACUUCAUUGAGGUUGUCUUCCAGAAUGAUGAGAAUGCCAUGCAGUCUUGGCAUCUUGAUGGUUAUGAUUUCUGGGUAGUUGGUUUUGGUUCUGGUAGAUGGAGUCAAGCCAGUAGGAAGAAUUACAAUCUAAAGGAUGCCCUCACCAGACAUACCACUCAGGUCUAUCCCAACUCUUGGACAGCAAUAUUGGUAUCAUUAGACAACCAAGGGAUGUGGAACCUGAGGUCUGCAAUGUGGUCGCGACAAUAUCUUGGACAGCAACUCUAUCUCCGGGUGUGGAACUCUGCCCAGAGCCUUGCUAAUGAGUACAACCCCCCUACUAACGUUCUCCUCUGUGGAAAAGCAGUUGGACGUCAUCCUUAAACAACACAUAUCGAUCAGUCUAGUUCAUUAAUCAUAAUACUACUACUAUAGAUUUAAUCAGUCAUCAGAGUUUGACUGUGAGUUAGAAAGUUGAAGCGGGAAAUAUUUUGAUUUUUUCAUCCUCUUCCCCCUGAAAUCGUCUGUAUAUUGAUUUGUAUUGGAAAUUACAGUGUUUGUUUGAUUAAUUUAUCUCUUUAAUCAGAAUGAAAUUACUUCACCAUUGUUGAAGUUGUUUAGUA